AUGCCUUCUUCUUCCUGGCUCAAGCUUUUGGCAGGCGCCAUAGUCCUGAUCCAGACACAGGCUAGCUCGCACUCGCUGCAGUAUUUCUUCACCGCUGUGUCCCGGCCCGGCCUCCGGGAGCCCCGGUUCAUCGCCAUCGGCUACGUGGACGACACGGAGUUCGUGCGCUACGACAGCGACUCGGAGACUCCAAGGAUGGAGCCGCGGGCGCCGUGGAUGGCUCAGGAGGGGUCGGAGUAUUGGGAGGAGGAGACACGGAAAGCCAGAAACACAAGGAAGAACUUCAAAUUGAAUCUCCAGACCCUGCUUAGCUACUACAAUCAGAGUGACGACGAACCUCACACUCUGCAGUGGAUGUAUGGCUGUAACAUGAGUCCAGAUGGACGCCUGCUCAGCGGGUACUGUCAGGAGGCCUACGAUGGCCGGGAUUAUAUCUCCCUCAACGAAGACCUGCGCUCCUGGACCGCAACUGACGCGGCCUCUCAGAUCUCUAAACUCAAGUCAGAGAACGUGAACGAGGCCGACUACCAGAGAGCAUACCUGCAGGGCCCCUGCAUAGACUGGCUCCAAAUAUACCUGCAGCUGGGGAACGCGACCCUGCUGCGCUCAGACCCCCCAAAGGCACACGUGACCCAUCAUCCUGGACCUAAAGGUGAUGUUACCCUGAGGUGCUGGGCCAUGGGCUUCUACCCUGCUGACUUCACCCUAACCUGGCAGAGGGAGGAGGAGGAACAGACUCAGGACUUGGAGCUGGUAGAGACCAGACCUUCUGGGGAUGGAACCUUCCAGAAGUGGGCAUCUCUGGUGGUGCCUUCUGGGGAGGAGCACAAAUACACAUGCCAUGUGUACCAUGAGGGGCUGCCUGAGCCCCUGACCCUGAGAUGGGAUAAGGAAGGAGUGGCCUCCUCAGUCCACGGUCCCCAUCAUGGCAGUCAUUGCUGGUCUGGUUCUCCUUGGAGCUGUGAUCAUUGUCACUGUGGUGGCUGUUGUGAGGAAGAGGAGGAGAAACCCAGGUGGAAAAUGAGGGGACUAUGCUCAUGUUUUAGGCAGCAACAGUGCCCAGAGCUCUGUCUUGUCUCUGGAGGCUUGAAAAGGUGACACCUUGGGGACCUG